AUGGUCUAUUUUCACAGGUAUCCGUCGUUUAUCUGGCUAUUGCAAUUUAUUCUCUUGCCGUGGGACCCAGCGAUCGCACAGGUUCGUUACUCUAUUCCCGAAGAGCUGCAAAGCGGGGCCUUUGUUGGGAAUAUCGCACGCGAUUUGAGGUUAGAUGUGAGGCAGCUCUCGGCUCGCGGUCUGCGGAUGGUCUCGGGUUCCCAGCAGCAGAAUCUGGAGGUGAAUUUAGACGAUGGGAAUUUGCUGAUCAAGGAAAAAAUCGACAGGGAACAGGUCUGCGGGCCGAGUGUCGCUUGUGUUCUGUCUUUCGAGGCCGUGCUCCACAACCCCCUGAAUUUAUACCAUGUAGAAGUGGAGAUUUUGGAUGUAAAUGACAACGCGCCCAGUUUCCAAAACAGCCAGUCUCGCUUAGAAAUCUCUGAGGCGGCGGCACCAGGAACUAGCUUUCAGCUCGAGUCUGCCUAUGAUCCAGAUGUUGGAAGCAACUCCAUACAGAGCUACCAACUGGUUUUGAAUGAUUUCUUCACUCUCGAUGUGCAGACGCGCAGCGGAGAUGAGAGUGUGCCUGUGCUGGUGCUGGAGAAUGCGCUAGACCGAGAAAAGCAACCCAUUCACAGGUUAGUGUUGAUCGCCAAGGAUGGAGGGGUCCCUCAGAGAUCCGCCACCGCUGAAAUUGUCAUUGUGGUACAAGAUGCCAAUGACAACUCGCCUGUUUUCCCCCAGUCCCUCUACAGGCUCAGCCUGGCAGAGAACAUACCGAGAGGAACAUUGGUCAUCCAACUUAACGCCUCAGAUUUAGACGACGGUUCUAAUGGGGAGAUAAUUUACUCUUUCAGCAAACUCACAAACAUCAGGGACCGUGAGGUGUUCGAUUUAGAUCCCAAAAGUGGUGAAAUCAGAGUAAAAGGCGCUCUGGAUUUUGAAGAGAGCAGCGCUUUUAAGAUUUACGUAGAAGCAACGGAUAAGGGACCCAACGCGAUACCGGCGCUCUGCGAUGUGCUGGUGGAUGUUACAGACGUGAACGAUAACUCGCCGGAGGUGACCCUGACCUCUUUGUCCAGUCCAGUGAGCGAAGCCGCUCCGCCGGGGACUGUGGUGGCGUUGAUCAGCGCAACAGAUAAUGAUUCGGGAGAAAAUGGACAGGUGCAAUGCAAAAUAGCCCAUCGCCUUCCCUUUAAACUGGACUCCUCCUUACGGAACUAUUACAGGUUACUCACUGGGCAGCCGUUAGAUCGGGAAAACAGCUCCAGGUAUGAAGUUACAGUCUUGUGCAGCGACAGUGGUUCCCCUCCUCUCACCUCCAAGAAAAACAUCCGGGUGGAGGUUUCUGAUGUGAACGACAACGCGCCACGAUUUGCGCAGCAUUCGUACACAGCGCGUGUGACCGAGAACAAUGUUGUUGGCGCUUCUAUCUAUUCUGUGACCGCUUCUGAUCCGGACGUGAACCAGAAUGCGCGUUUGUCUUACUCCAUCUUAGAGAAACGGGUUGAGGGAGAGUCUGUAUCUUCAUAUGUUCGUAUUAACUCCGAAACCGGGGUCGUAGCUGCUCAGAGAUCUUUUGACUACGAGCAACUCAAAAGCUUUCAGUUUCACGUUCAAGCGCGGGACAAUGGAAAGCCACCACUUGCCAGCAACGUGUCAGUGGAUAUCAUUAUCCUGGACCAGAAUGAUAACUCCCCAGUGAUCGUGUCCCCAUUACCCGAGUAUGGCUCAACAGCAACUGAAACCGUUUCCCGCUUGGCUGAGCCAGGCUAUUUGGUUGCCAAGAUCUCGGCCAUUGAUGCUGACACUGGACAAAACGGGCGCCUGUCUUACCAGAUUCUCCAAGCGACUGACCCUGGGCUUUUUACCAUUUCACCUGACACAGGAGAGAUCUGGACAAUCAGACGUGUUGUGGGCAAAGAUCCUACUCAACAACGGUUGGUCAUAGGAGUAAAAGACAAUGGGUCACCCUCGCUGUCAGCCACAAUGACCAUCAUCUUAUCCAUAUCAGGCAGCGAUAUAGAAAUGCUUUCACAUAACAGUGGUUUACCUGACGAUCUGGGCUUUCCUUCUGACAUCAACCUUUACUUGGUUGUAUGUUUAGCUAUCACCUCAUGCAUAUUUCUUGUGGUGUUGAUUAUCCUGGCUGUUAAGGUCCACAGAAACAGAAAUGGUCUGGGAAAUAACUACUCUCUUCGCACGUGUUGUUGCUUUCAAACUAGUAACUCGCUGAAUGGGAUUCAGAGAGCCAGUAGGAAUAUUCAGAUACCUCCCAAUUAUGUGGAAGUAUUUGGUGGGGAUCCACUUUCUCAAAGUUUCCGUUAUGAGACCUGUUCAACGUCGGGGUCGGUCAAGAGAGACUUCAUGUUCUCCAGUGUGCGCGAUCCAUCCCAUUGCAGGGAUAAUGUCACGAAGGAAGCCGAUGCCAAAGAGGAAUAUCUACAGGCAUCAAAUCACAGAAACAUUGUAAACAGCGAGGUGAGGAUUCUCUCAAUGUCUCCAUGUAUUUGA